CUGAAAAUCACGUGAUUUCAGUAAAUGAAACCAGUAACCGUGUGUGUCCGUUGCCGCUCACCUGUGGAGAUAAACGUGGCAAAGAUGGGCAACAGCGAGACAAAGAAAAGAACGACCGCAGACUACACAGGACCCCAGAGCAACCAAGCGAGAGUUAAAAGGAGCUUAACUUUAAAUCCUCAGAAGAGAAAACAGUCCGUCCGACUGAAAAACCGCCCUGCUAGUAUAGAUGGAAGCACCGGGCUUUGGGAUGAUUUUGAUCCCUCAAGGCGCAGAUACUUGGAAACUGACCUGGACCUUUACCACGAACUGCAGAACCAUCUGGAAAAUGCACGGCGGAGGAUGAGAGAUAAGGGCAAAAAAGACGUUUCUGGAGGUCUGGACGCCAGUUUGGUGACUGGAGAGGAGAAAUGUUACGACCCAAACGACACCACCCUUACAUUUGUUGAAGGAGAAGAUGAUAUGGACUUUGAGGGCAGAGAUUAUAAAUCUCUGAGAGCCCGGAUGUCCUGCGGUCAUUCUGUCACCCCCAUGUCUCUCACCAGCUGGUGUCACCAUUUGUUGGACCAGGGUGAGAGCCGAUUUGUGUGCGGCCAGCCUGACUGCAAUGCUGAGUGGUCACAUGAAGAGGUCUGUAAAAUGGCUCUUCUGACUCCUGCAGAAAUCAAAUACUUUGAAAAAAAGAUGCUCAGCAGCACUGUCAUGAAUUACCUGGAGGUCAGUGAUGUAUCAGCAAGCCGUGGGAAAUCGUGAACACAACAUCGGCGUCAGGGAUGUGAGGAAUGUGGGAUCCUGGCUGUGCCUCAGCCUAAGCCCAUUCAAAAAGGGGCUUACUGGUGGUGCAUGAUGGCACUAAGAGUAAAAACAUUUCCUGUCCUCGCUGCAGGGUGGAGCUCUGUUUUGCGUGCCUGAGGCUCACUGCAGGGGCUGCUUCAGAAAUUGUCUUUGGUUCAUUCAAAUGUUUAAGCAUUAUUUAUUUUCCUUUACUUGUUUGAUACAUAUUAUGCUGAAGCAUUUUUUUUUCUUUAACUGUUUGUCUUUAACAACUUCAGGCAUGUGUAUCACUGUGCAAAAGUCUUGAGCCACCAUCAUUUUUGCUCUCAGCUUCUGUUGGUGUGAACCAAACUAUAUUCUACAGGCUGGGAUUUAAAAAGCACAAGUUUAAUUCAUUCAUGUUCGUGUUGGGUCACAGCACUAGGAAGCAGCAGCUUUCUGCCAAACUGGUUUCAAAGUAUCUGUCAGUUUGCCAGCAGGUGUUUGUUCUGUCACGUCCCUUCGUGAUGAAUGACAACAAAGAACCUCGAGGUGGGAAAACAGGCUGACUUUGUGUCCUGUAAGUCUCAGCAAGUCUGGGCACGCGUUUUUCCGAGGCAUGUCAUGACAUUCAUAUCUACAUUUGCAUCUUGUGGAAAUAAUAUGCUCACUUACAAUAACAAUCACAGGUCAUUUGUCAUCUGUGUCACUCCUGUGAGAUGACAAAACUGUUCUAGAGGAAGUGUUUUAAAGGAAAUUGCUCGUUCGAUUCUGCUGUAUCAUCAGUAAGACUAUCUCAAAAUUACUGAACCUAAAUGUUCAAAAGUAAAGAUGGGGAUAGUUUGGAGGUUUAAUCAGUGCAAAAAAUCAAAAUACAGUUAAAAAUUUACAAUUUGUUACCAUAUAUUUGAUUAUUUUACUGUUUACCCUCAUCCUCUUUGAAUUUACAUUGUAUUUAAUGCCAUAAACAAGUGUAGGUUAGAGAAAUGUCCAUGACAGGGAAAUGAUUUUGAUGAACGAAACUAACAUUUAGUCGUCACAAUCUCAUUUGACAAAAUGAUUUAUGGAAGUAUAAAUCCAGCUUCUCCAUCUCUGUGGCUUGGGUCUUCCCCUGCUGAUAGAGAACUCCACAGCGAGACAAUCAAAGGUAGAAAAUAAAAACACCCCAGGAAAUAAAAGUAAAAGCAGUUUUUUAAUUCACUUUAAAAUGAAAAAUUUAGUCUUUGCCCAUUCCUAAGAACAGGCUUUCUACAGAUGACCCUGCUGGUCAGGGGCCACCAUGCGUGUUCUGAACAUACAUGAGCGACAUUUCCAGCAGGACACCAUCAGUGCAGCCAGCAGACACGCAGCAGCAGUGAAGCACAGCGCUGUGGAUACAGGUGGGUCUGUGGGUGGUCUGAGGGGAGACCAGGUCCCAUCAUGGGCUGAGGUAGAAAUCUCACUACACAGACAAAGAGAAGUUGAAAUGAAGUAUAUGUUGCUUUAACGGACGCCGGGGCAUGUUUGAAGUUGUACUCACCAUCUGAUGCAUGCAGGAAGUGUCCUGACAUCAUCUAAGGGAGGAGUCACAUCAGGGUACAGACAUAACCUCCUGUCAGGGCAGAAAACUGCACCAUUGUAUCCUUUAAUCUGAUGCAAAAAUAAAUAAUUUUUAUAUAUGA